AUGGCUACAUUGUACCAUAUAGUCGUAGAGCUUGAGGACGAACAUCAAAUCGAAGAAGCAUACCGAUUUUGGACCGGCCAAACCUUCAAUAAGUUGACUAAGAAACUUAAAGAACAGACCAGCACCAGAAACGUUCACGACUGGCGAUUCGGCACUUUAAAGAUCGAAAACCUGCAUAUGGACGAAGAAAGCUCCACGGGACUUGUAGAAGCUAACUUUGAGGGCUCGGGUAUAGUUCAUCUAUUCAGAACCGGUCAGAAUUUGGGGGAAAAGUCUAAGAAUGAUGUUCAAAAUGAUUUGAAGUUGACAAGAGUGGCUGGCAGUGACACAACAGUGGCAAUUUUGUUUGUUCCAAGCUAUCUCACGAGCCGCGAGACACUUUUUUCAUUUCUGGGCGAUACCGUCCUGGAACAAGCAUCUCAUUUCCGUAUUGUUCGCAGCAGCGCGGAGUUUUUAGUACUCGUCAAAUUUCGUACCGCGGAGUUUGCCCACCAGUUCAUCCAAGAUUUUGACGGUCGGAACUUCAAUGCCAUAGACCCAAAUACUUGCCAUGUUGUUCAAAUCCGCGAGAUUAUAUUUCAGCAUGGACUCUUCCCAUCUGCGCAGACCAAGCCUCCGGCAUUCCCCAUGGUAGACCCAUUCACGGCUUCAGACUACCAGCACGUUGAUGUGGAACUGCCGACGUGCCCGGUAUGCUUAGAAAGACUAGACUCAGAGGUCACCGGUUUGGCCACCAUUCCCUGCCAGCACACCUUCCAUUGCCGGUGUUUAAAUAGCUGGAAAGACAGCCGAUGCCCCGUUUGUCGAUACUCGGAGCUCAAGAUAAGUAAGAAAUCGCUUAUACGCGGAUCGGCUCGUUGUAGCUCUUGUGGGUCCAACGAGAACCUGUGGAUUUGUCUUAUUUGUGGUAAUAUUGGGUGUGGACGUUACAAUUACAAGCAUGCGGUACAGCAUUUCACGGAUACUGGUCAUUUUUUUGCUAUGGAGAUGGCCACACAGCGAGUAUGGGAUUACGCUGGUGACAAUUACGUGCAUAGGCUAGUACAGAACGAAGUCGAUGGAAAGCUAGUUGAAGUGGGAUCGUCUUCGUCGCAAACGGCCGGUGGGAAACGCGACAAGCAGUAUCAUUUGGAGUACGUACAGGUACUAUUAUCUCAACUGGAGUCGCAGCGGGACUAUUACGAGAACAAAUUGCAACUGCUGUCCGACGAGACCAAGGCAGAAAAGGUCAAACAGGACGACCUUUGCACGCUCCAAAGCUUGCAACAACAAAUGCAGGAGUUGAAGCUAAGUGCUGCUCAGUCGCGCAUCAAAUCCGAACAGCAUGUAGCGCAGCUGCGAAAGCAGGUUCAGGAAGAGAAGUCAUUCUCAGACGCUCUGCAGUCCAAUUUAGAUCAUCUCGCCAAGAAGGAAGACCAAUUGAAGCGUCAACUGGAGCAAAAUAAUGCUGAAAAACAAGACCUGCAGGAACAGGUUAGGGACCUCAUGUUUUUCUUGGAGUCAAACGAAAAAUUGAAGAAUGCGGGAGACGACGUUAAAGAAGGAACCGUAAUCAUGAAACCCAAAAAAUCGACUUCAAAGAAGCGCAAGUGA